CUGCCUUACACGGGAACGUUAUCCACGUCGAUAAACGUCACUAUAUCGCUAUUCGCCAUAAAUACGACGCUGUGAUUGGAGAAACGCGCAUUAAAACGAGUUUAUCGACGUCAAUAACAAGCCGUGCUGGUUGUUAGACUCCGGCCUAGAUGUAGUGAUGGAAAGAUGGAAACUAUUUUCUCAACACGGGUCUUGUGCUUGUGCUUGGUGGCGGUCUCUAUGACCAUGACGGUCAGUGACCAGGUCAGUGACGGUCAGCCACUGUCAGUGUCAUGCUAGAAAGAAUAAUCUGAAAAGUGUGAGAAGAGUCAGUGUCAAGCCAAAUUAAAUAGAUGCUGGAAUACAAAAAUAAACAAAGCCUAAAAUGUUAAACAUAAGAUUUGUGAGACCUUUAAUAAUUAACGAAGUCCGGUUUGUGAAGUAUCCAAACACCCUUUCACCACAAACCUCUACAUUCCCUAUACGGCACAAGUAUAAGAAGGCUUACGAGCGGCCGCCCUGCCCGCCGCCCCCGCCGUUGCCGCCCCCUCCGCCCAAAAACAGAAGGCUGUUAUGGGGCGCUAUUGGCGUAGUCUUAGCGGCUGGCGGCUUCGCUGUUUAUGCUAAAAAAAACCCCGAAGUCCGUGAUUGGCUGACCCUCCACGCGCCGUGGUUCGACGAGUUCAUAGCUGUGGCCUACCAGGAGAAUAUGACCUACCAGGAGUUUCUGGAAUGCUCCUGGGAAAGCACCAAGCAGUAUGUGGCCAGGCUUGGGGAUGAUAGUAAAAAGCCGAAGCAGUGUUCUUUGACUGAAGAUGGAAGUGAACCGGUUGAGGAUUUAGAAUCUCCUCCAGAAGAAGUUGAAAAUGAGGGAUCAGAACACGAAUGUCCUCCAGUACAGAAGCCUCCCAUCCUCACACAGGACCUGUGCGAGAUUGAAACAUGCGUGAAGACCCUCGGUGAACUGGCUCUCAAGAACAUUCUGACCGCUCGAGAUGCUUGCAUUAACUAUAAUAAGAAAGUAAUGGCAGCAAUGGAUCAGUUCACUCUAUCGUCCAUGGAUGGACUGGACGCGGCGGCGGAGGAGCGAGAGGCGCUGGUCAAGGAACAGAUGGACAGUGCGGACGAAGCCACAGCUAAGCUAGACGAGUUGUGCCGCUACUUCGAGUGCGGUGUGGUGGCGCCUGCACCGGACCUGGCCGAGACUCGUAAGGUGCUCGACCACUACCAGCGGGAGGUCAGCCGCUUGAGAAACCAGUUUGAGUGUGAGCACGAGAUGGCGAUGGCGGUGGAUAAGUAUUGGAAGAAUCCUACAAGUGUUAAUGAAUAUAUCAUCCAGAUAGAACAAGUGAUGCGAUCAUACGUCCACGAGGUGGAGACCCUGUACCCCGGUCUUCAAUACGAUAGCCCGAAGCCACAGAUACCGAAGGAUGGCAACGUGGAUCUACUGCUGUAUCAUGCCGCUAGAUAUGUGAAAUCUCUAAGAGACCAAUUGCAAGUGGCUAAUCAAUCUAUGGGCGAUAGAGUCGAUCGGGCUCUACAAUCUCUACCAGGGGAUAAGAAGGCUCGUGAUAAUAAAGUAGACGCCAGCGUCAAAAAGAAAAUGCGCGAGAUUGAUACCGAUUUUGCAGCUAAGCUGAAAAAAAUGAAGGAGGACCAUGACAAAGAGCUGAAGGCAACGCUUGAGAAGCGGCAACAAGACUUCGAGGAGUGUGUGGAUAAGAAGGUCGAGGAACAGGAACAAAUUUUGCAAGAAGAAAUGAACCAAAAGAUAGAGGAGGCACUUCAAGCGGAGAGAGAGGUGCUACAGAAGGAGUUGGACGAAAUGGCCGCCAAAGUCAAAGUUGUAGAAGAGGGCACGAAAGAGAAGCUGCAAGGUUCGCAGCAGUCAGGACGCUCGGGACGCCUGUACCGCAGCGGCGCCGCGCUGCUCGCCGCCACGAGGCAGGCGCGCCGGCGCGCCGCCGUCGCCAGUGAGAUCAGCGACCUUGAGAGCGCUGCUGGAUUAUCAGACGAAGGCGAAGACGAAGGCGAAGGCGAGGCGGACAAGCUGAUGCUGGCGGUGGUGGGCGCGAUUCCGGCCCGCGUGAGGAGCGAGGGGGUCGCCACGGAGACGGCGCUCCGAGAGAGAUAUGAUAGAAUGGAGCGAAUAGCGCUACGGGUGGCGCUAGUGGACUCCACGGGGGGCCCGCUGCCGGUCUACUUCAUGUCCUAUCUGCAAUCUCUGUUCCUCUUUAUGAAGUUGAAUACCAUUCCUAAAUGUGAACUAGAAGUGAAUCCAGAAGAGCCAGUACCUAGUGACUUGGACACCUUCGAUCUGCUCCAAAGGGCGCGGUAUAGUAUUCAUUUAUUUAAAUAAGCUGUG